AGCAUUCAGCCCAAACCCGUAGGCCCCACCACCAAUCCAAGUUCCAUAACGUAACCCUCUGGUCCCUCUCUUCCUCUCAACUUCUGCCUUCUGCCUUCUCUGUUCACUCUUCUCCAUUUUACAUUUCUUCAAUUCUUCAAGUUCCAUCUCCGAUUCCCAAAAUCCAUCUGCUUCUUCCUCUUGUUCGGAUCAUCUUCUUCGAUCCCAUAUUCUUCUUCUUCUAGGCCUCUGUGCCUGACAGUCACAGCCUCACUCACCCACUGACCCAGGUUAAAUUCAGUGACAAUCAUGCCAGACGUGCAUUCCCUGGUGAAUGAUUUCCUUAUCAAGCUUAAAAAACGUAAUAUUGAGGGCUCACAGGCCACAGCAAAGCUGACAGCGGAAUUACUUCGGUCCGUGAUUUCAUCGCAGCGGGUACCCUACACAAAUCAAGCUGGUGCCUUGAUAGAUGCUGUUAAAGCAGUUGGGGAGCAGCUGAUUGCUGCAAAUCCUAUUGAGCUGGCUGUGGGUAAUAUUGUGAGGCGUGUUCUGCACAUUAUUAGGGAGGAGGAUCUUUCUCUCACUACAGCUGCUAUGGCUGGGUUGAACAUGUCGACUGUUAGUGAUGAUGAAGAUGAUGGUGAGCGCGACAACCAUCCGGUUCUAUCUGCUGCUGUUGUUGCUGCUGCUGCAAGAAGCACACUGCGUCCACCAUCUUUGCAAACACUUCUUGAGGACAUGCCUGAUGCAGCAGCUGUUCCUCACACUUCUUCAUCUGGGGGUGAUUCUGAAGAAAAAACCAAAUCUGCUGAUAAAAGUUCAAGAAGUCGGAAACUGAAGCAUGAUGUCAUUGAAGCAGUCAAUGAACUUAUACAAGAUAUUGGCACUUGCCAUGAACAGAUUGCUGAGCAGGCAGUUGAGCACAUUCACCAGAAUGAGGUUAUAUUAACUUUAGGCAGUUCAAGAACAGUACUGGAAUUUCUUUGUGCUGCAAAUGAGAAAAAAAGAUCAUUUCGGGUAUUUGUUGCAGAGGGAGCUCCAAGGUAUCAGGGCCAUCUUCUAGCUAAAGAAUUGGUUGCAAGAGGUUUGCAAACCACGCUGAUCACUGAUUCAGCAGUUUUUGCCAUGAUAUCCAGAGUGAACAUGGUUAUAGUUGGCGCUCAUGCUGUCAUGGCCAACGGUGGUGUUAUAGCACCUGUUGGAUUGAAUAUGGUUGCACUUGCAGCGCAGAGGCAUGCCGUCCCUUUUGUUGUACUUGCCGGCAGUCAUAAGUUGUGCCCUUUGUAUCCCCACAAUCCUGAAGUGUUGCUGAAUGAGUUAAGAUCCCCUUCUGAGCUGCUGGAUUUUGGAGAAUUCUCCGAUUGCAUGGAUUUUGGAAGUGGCACUGCUUCCCCGCUCCUUCAUGUUGUCAAUCCUACAUUUGAUUAUGUGCCACCAAAGCUUGUCAGUUUAUUUAUCACUGAUACAGGAGGGCAUAAUCCGUCAUACAUGUACCGGCUCAUCGCAGAUUAUUAUUCUGCUGAUGAUUUAGUGGUCCAACGAAGACCUGCUAUAGGAAGUUGAAUUCAGCUCCCGCAUGUUUAUCCUAUUAUUGGGGUAGUACAGAAAGCUAUAAUGGUAAUGGAUGGAUGAAGAGAACAUCAAAAUAAACAGUAGUUUUAUGGAACCAUGAAGACCGUUAUCGUGCUAGAAGAGUCCUUGGACAAAAAUUGCAGUUCGGGGGAGUAGCAGUAUGAAUCCGGGACAGAACCAUCUACAAAGAUUAGACCCAAUUUUGUGUAUGCGGUCAUUUAGGAAACUUAGAGCUGUAUUCUACAUAAGUGAAUAGAAGGUGAUUUUUGUGAUUGUGGAAAGACAAAUAGGCAGGCAUUGUGUUGCAUGACAAGAUAUUGUUGUAUUCCAUGUAGCUGAUCUUGUUCCAAAUUGUUUCUGCCGUACCUGCUUUUGGUUAA